AUGGCUGCAAAAUUCAGUUGGUGUGUACCGUCAACUAAAAAAUUAAUAGAAAUGUAUGAAGCUGAUGAGGCGCUUUACAGCGUGAGGCACCCUGAGUACAAAAAUAGAUUAAGAAGAUUGGAGAGCUACAAAAAUAUUGCGGAGGUCAUUAGCCGUGAGAUACGGUCGGGCUGCACGGCGGAAGAUAUAAAAAAGAAAAUUAAUGGCCUCCGCUCAAGCUACUCCCACGAAAAAGCAAAAAUGCUUCAAAGCAAAAGUGGAGCCAGUGCACAGGCCGUUUAUACUCCGCAAGUGUACUGGUUCCACUUGCUUAAGUUUCUUGAUCAGGACACAGAGGCGGACGAAAGUGUGAGUAAUGUAGAGGGAACAGAAAGUGGCAGUGAACGUGGAACACCCACGCUCGAAGAAAUGUUUGAGCAUGAAAUGCAGGCUCAGUACUCUUCCCAAAAAGAGACUGAUGUAGCUUGCAGUGAACCCCAGCCCCAGCAUCAUGAGCGGCCUCCCACAAAGAGAAGAAAAGUUGCAACCGAUGUUAUUGUAGAGGCCACCAAAAUGUUGAAGGCUGUCGCUGAUACGUGCAGAAAGAAGUCCCAGACUGUCAGAGAAGACCGGUAUAGUACCCUUGCCACCCACAUUGCAGCUGAACUGCGGGAGAUGGAAAAUGUGGGUGGUAAAGCAUUUGCAACAGACACUAUGCAAGAGUUAAUUCGGUGUCUGAUGGACAGGUGGGAUUUGCUGCAUGCGACAGUUCCACAGCCACAACCGUCCACCUCUGGACAUUUCCAGGCUACCGCCCAGAAAGCUGGCACACAAGAGGACGAUACGCUGUAAAAUAAUAUAUAUAAAUUUUUUGUAGCUCUCCAGUCUUCUUAAUCUAUUUUUGCACUCAGGAUAGCUCACUUUGUAAAGUGCCUCAUCAGCUUCAUACAUUUCUAUUAAUUUUGUAGUUUUCAGACUCAAAAUGUAAUUGGUACUUGAUUCUAAAAUAAAAAUAGUUC